AUGUCCGACGAAAUGGCUUCGGAAACGCGAGUAAUUGUUCCUGAUGCCAAUGGCAAUGGGUGCGAGGACACGCACCCUCUCGCCCACAUCACUGCGCAGAAUAACGAAGUUCCUCUCUUCAAGAAAAUUCCGUCUGAGAUCCUCUUAAAGAUCUACGAACUCGCUGUCGUUCUCGAUGACCCAAUUUACCCCACCGAUCUCAUGGCCGGCUCCAACAAAUAUACGUUGGUUUCCAAAGGCAAGAAACUACAGCCAACAGUUGUUGCCCUGAGUCAGGUUUGCCGAAAAAUCUAUGAAGAUCUCAAAUAUUGCCCGAUAUUCUAUCGUGUCAAUACUUUUUCCUUCAACACGCAAAUAUCCUUACAUGCCUUCCUGGCAGCUAUCACCCCUCAGCGACGUGCGGCGAUUCGUUAUAUUGAGAUCGACGAGGGUAGUCUCAUAGCGACGCCGGGCGACGUGAGAUACUGGAGACACCGCUGGCUCAAUUGGAACGCUGAUUACCAAAGGAACAGUGUAUUGACACUUUUGAGCCAAUGUCAUGAUUUGAGGGAGCUAUCAUAUGUCAUACCACCGUUUGAGCAUUUCUUAGCAGAAGCCCAUACUUCCUUACUCAAAACAUACGACAUUUGCUCUCCGUGGAACCUGCCUACUUUCCGACUGUUGAUUCGAGCAAAGGGUACUGAUAGUAUUCAUACCUAUGAGAUGGGCGUUGAGGACGGUUUCGAAGUCCCAGCGUGGUUGCAGGAAAUAGACCCAGAUCCAGCGCAUGCGCGCCAACUUAGGCCUAUCAAUGAUGCUCUGGUUCGUCGAAAGCGCCUUUUCAGACGGGAGGAAAAGAGGUUGAACGACAACAAAGACCCCCAGGACAAGCAAUACAGAUUCUACCGCCCCAAGUGGUUCGAUGAUAUGAAAGCGAACGUCGGUCUUGCCGUAACGGCCGCACGCAUCGAUAUGCCAGGAGAGAUUCGUAUCUCACAAGAUCCCAUAAAUGACACCUUUGGUCCAAUCUCAUCCCGUACUAGAGCUAGGGUAGGAUCGUAUGACUACUCAUCUGGUCGCUGCAUACGAGACUUUCCUAGAUACAACGUGUAUGGAGGAUUGGCGUGGUCCGUAAUGGAGAUCUCAGGGGUCAGAUUGAACCACUCAGAAGUCCAAUGCAAAGUGACAUGCAACGUUGCGACGGCCGACGAUCGUCUACGGUACAAGGGACAGCAUCGCACAUUUUGGACUCCCAUCCAUAGCCUUGUGGGGGAAUACGACCCUUACAGGCUUCUGGAAUUCUACAGGUACAUGGCAAACCCUAGAUCCCCCGUUCCUCUCGAAGGGAUGCGAGGUACACUGCCGCCUCGCGAGGUCUCUAAAUCUGUGGGAGGCAUUACCGGUCUCCUCGCCGAAGAAACCAACGCAGUCUCCAGAAGGGCGUUUUGUCGAAGAUGGAAGAGUGUUGAAACGCGUUGGAACAGCCGUUUGGCGAGGCUUGAAAAACGCGCCGCAGUUAGCCCGCAAAACGGGAACAACUCGACAACUGCGGGCGAAGCCCAAGAAGAAGAGGACAUGAGCCAAGAUGAAACUCAAGUUUCCUGUCGGGGGGCGGGGUGGACGCCGUUCUUUGAUCUCGAGUACUAA